CAUCAGUUCUUAGUUUACUGUUGGUGAAGUGCAAUUAGAAUUUAAUAUAUUGAAACAAAGGAUACAAUGCUGUUGAUAAUAGUACUCGGUAUUUUGGCAAGUGUCAGUGCAGCGCCAAGGGGCCAUGGCUAUCAUGAUUACAAUGAAUUUGGCAUGAACAAUUACUUUCGAGAUGAUAUGUUCGACACUAAACGUUUUUGGGAAGAAGUGAGACGUGAAAUAUUCCAGGAUAUAAUGGAGGGUUUUACGAAACAUUUUCCCACGGUAACCAGUAAUGAAGGCAUCAUUGGCAAUGAAUAUAAAAUCAAAAUGUCUCUGAACGGCUUCCUAGAAAAGGAUGUCGCUGUUAAGGCGAGAAAAGGCUUAGUAAUGGUGCAGGCGGUACAAAAUAUUGCUAUGGGGGUUCAAAGUAGCUUUUUGGUGAUAAAAUCUUUGCCUGACUACGUCAAUGAAAAUGGUAUCUGGAUUUUGGAUAAUGGUAUUCUGGAUAUUACGUUCCCAUUAAACAAUGGUACUGAGAUAUCAACGUCAGCGCCGAAUUUCAGUCGGGAAGAAAUUGAAAAUACGAAUGUCAUCAACGAGGAGAAUGCUGAUGUGGGAGCUGAGAGAGGAGAUCGGGAUGAAGCUGAAAUAACUCAUAAUGAAAUGCCGAGAGAAAGUAAGGUAGAAGCAACCACAUAUGCUGUCGAUCUAAAUGAUGAGGUGGAAUUUGUGCCCGUGAGAUAUAGAUAAAUAUGUGAAUACUAUGUAAUUAUAUAACUAAAAGUUUAUAAUAAAAUAUAAUAUAUAUUUAAAGUUA